GCGCCGCCCCUCGGCGCUUCCCCGCUGCUGGAAAGUUUUGCCCAGGAGCCGAGCGGCCCGGCCCGGGCCAUGGCCAAGUCCUACGAUCACCUCUUCAAACUGCUGCUGAUCGGGGACAGCGGGGUGGGCAAAACCUGCCUGAUCAUCCGCUUCGCCGAGGACAACUUCUCCAGCACCUACAUCUCCACCAUCGGGAUCGACUUCAAAAUCCGGACAGUGGAAAUUGAGGGGAAAAAGAUCAAACUCCAGGUCUGGGACACGGCAGGACAGGAGAGGUUUAAAACCAUCACGACGGCGUAUUACCGAGGAGCCAUGGGAAUCAUCCUCGUGUACGACAUCACAGAUGAGAAAUCCUUCGAGAACAUCCAGAACUGGAUGAAGAGCAUCAAGGAGAACGCUUCUGUGGGGGUGGAGCGCCUCCUCCUGGGGAACAAGUGUGACAUGGAGACCAAGCGCAAGGUGCAGAGGGAGCGUGCAGAGAAGCUUGCAAAGGAACAUGGGAUCCGGUUCUUUGAGACCAGUGCCAAGUCCAGUGUCAACGUGGAGGAGGCCUUCAACACCCUGGCCCAGGACAUCCUGCUGAAAUCCACCAAGAAACUGGGUAAAAUUCCAAAAGGAAACCUGGACUUACAAAGUUCUCCGAAGAAAAGCAGCAGUAAAUGUGCCGUGGUCUAGCAGCAGCCACGCCGCAGGAGCACCCCAGGGUGCCACCCCUCCUAGGCGCCACGCUGGAGCACGUAGCGCCACUGUGCCACUCCUCUUCUUUCUGCCACUCUCCUGGUCCUCUGUGACAGCGUGGGCUGGGCAGCUCCCUGCGCCUGGAGCCGGGUGGCUUAGCAGAGCUGAACUCCAGAGCAGGGGUCUCCGAGGGGCCAUUCCCACAGCCAGUCAACCUUCUAGCUGCUCGUGUGCUCCGAGAGAGGAGGAGCAGGAGGCACCCUGCAGGCUGAUUUGGAGGGGGAGGGAGGAGCUGGAGAAGAGGGGGGCUGCAGAGAGGAAGGAUGGGGGAGACCUGGCCAUGCUGCAGCCAGGGUGCAGGGUUCCUCUGCUUGGUGCUCCCAGCGGCACGUUGAGUCAAAGCCCUGGGAAGCCAGGAUCUCUUCUCCCAAAGCAGCCUGCGGGUCCCCUGGGCUCCAGGCAAACACUGUACAUAGGGCUGGCUGCUCCAUCACACAUAGGAAUGACUGUCUGAAAACCCAGGGCCCCCACGCCCCACGUGGGGCGCAGUGUCUUCGCUCCCAGGGGCCGGCAGAGCCCCCUGCGUGUCUCGGGCGCCUGGCGCUAUUUAAUUAACCAUAUAAAGCCCCAGCUUGUGCCUUUG